CGGUAUAGAAAGAACUUACUCAUAAAGAAAUGCUCACAAAGCAUUUUACAUUCCGAGUACGUAAUUGCUAAUUCUGCGACCUAUUUUUUGUGAUUGUUUAUCUUUAUGAACAUGGAAACUCGUCGACGUGUUGAUACCGGCACUCCUCCGGACAGAGCAGCACAAGGAUCAAGCCUGAUGUCCAUAUGGUCGACCAGCACCGGACGAAAUUCAUUGUUUGGCGCGGAGAGCAGCGGAGCAGUGCUCCCCUCUUCGCACUUGCCGACCCACGUACACGUGGUGCACGAACACCUGCGCAACGCUGACGGCCACUGCUUUCACAAACCGUUCCACGAUCAUUGUCAGCAUCCAUUGGUUUUUUGUUACUACUGCGGGACUUUUGGCAAGUUCUCCCAUUGGCACCGACGUUGCCAUCGAUUUCUGUCGACGAUGUCGCAAGCGGGAGAUGGCCUUCACACACCGGGCUAUUUGUCCUGGAGAAAAUUGCAGCUGAGCCGCGCGAAGCUCAAGGCGUCCAGUAAAACAUCAGCCCUGCUCUCCGGUUUCGCUAUGGUCGCCAUGGUAGAGGUGCAGCUGAAUCCCGAAACGCAUGUUCCACCGGAAAUGCUGAUCGCCUUCGCCGUGUGCACAACCUUGCUCGUAGCCGUGCAUAUGUUGGCGCUGAUGAUAUCCACUUGUAUACUGCCGAAUAUCGAAGCCGUCUGCAAUCUGCAUAGCAUAAGCCUUGUGCACGAGUCGCCACAUGAACGUCUACAUUGGUACAUUGAAGUCGCAUGGGCCUUCUCCACAUUGCUAGGCCUCCUUCUGUUUCUGCUGGAGAUCGCGAUACUUUGCUGGGUGAAGUUCUAUGACUUUUCGCAGGUCGCUGCCUGGUCGGCCUGUAUAGUGUUGAUACCAGUGCUGAUAAUCUUUCUUGCGUUUGCGAUACAUUUCUAUCGGAGUCUCGUUGCGCACAAGUACGAAGUCACGGUAUCCGGUAUACGAGAACUCGAGUUACUUAAGGAACAGAUCGAGUCCACGGAUGUGGAGGGCAGAAAUGGCGUAAAUCUUUUGCAGACCGGAGUAACACAUAUCGUAUGAAUUGAUCUUCACAAUUU